AUGUCGUGGCGAAUCCAGAACCUCCCCGAUUCUAGCUCAAACUCAACGGGCCCAGCAGUUGGGGGCAAGAAGAAGUCCAAGUCCUCGUCGGACGGCCGCGGCGCGAUCAAGCGCCUCAUCAAGGAGCUUGACGUCUGGCGCGGGGAACAGAAGGACGAGAGGGGCAUUGAGAGGCUCGGGCCGGUCGACGAUGAGGACUUGUUGCUAUGGCAGGCUGUGAUCAAUGGACGGGGGAUUGGGAAUGGAUAUGAUGACGGCCGCUGGCUCCUCGAAAUCAAGAUCCCGACAGACUACCCCCUCCGCCCGCCGACGAUACGCUUCGUCACGCCAAUCGUGCACGCAAACAUUGCCCUGCAGACGGGCGAGAUCUGCCUGGACCUGCUGAAGGACGCCUGGACGCCGGCGUACAGCGUCCUCGAGAGCGUGCGCGCCGUGCGUACGCUGCUGGCGUACCCGGAGACGGACAGCCCGCUCAACGUCGACGUGGCGGCGCUGCUGCGCGGCGGGGAUGUGCUGGGCACCCGCGCUCUCGUCGAGUUCUGGUGUCGGGACGACGAGGGACGGUACGACGGCCCAUAG